AUGGGAAUAAAAGACCUCUCAAAAGUGAUUGGUGAUCAUGCACCAAAUGGCGUCAAGUUGAGUGAAAUUAAGAAUUAUUUUGGUCGUAUUGUGGCAUUGGAUGCUUCUAUGUGCUUAUAUCAGUUUCUUAUUGCUGUUAGAUCUGACGGAAGUCAACUUCAGGCAGAGACUGGUGAAACGACAAGCCAUCUCAAUGGCAUAUUUUAUCGCACAAUUAGAAUGAUAGACAAUGGGAUAAAGCCAGUUUACGUUUUUGAUGGUAAAGCGCCAGAAAUGAAAUCUGGUGAACUGGCCAAACGAAGUGAAAGAAGAGCGGAGGCAGAAAAACAACUGAAUGAAGCAAAUGAAGUUGGCGAUGUUGUUAGCAUAGAGAAGUUCGAACGACGUUUAGUAAAAGUGACCAGAGAGCAGAAUGAAGAAGCCAAAAAAUUACUUCAAUUAAUGGGUAUUCCUAUAGUACAAGCACCUUGUGAAGCAGAGGCUCAGUGCGCUGCUUUAGUUCGACAUGGUAAAGCGUUUGCUACGGCUACAGAAGAUAUGGACGCUUUAACGUUCGGUUCAAAUAUCCUUUUGAGGCAAUUACUUGCCAGUGAAGCAAAGAAGCUUCCAGUAAAAGAAAUUUGUUUACAAAAAGUUCUAAGUGACAUGGAAAUGGAUAUGGAUCAAUUCAUCGACAUGUGCAUUCUUCUUGGGUGUGAUUAUGCACCACAAAUAAGAGGUAUAGGGCCACGAAAAGCAUAUGAAUUGAUCCAGAAGCACAAGUCUAUUGAAAAUAUACUCGAGAAUAUUGACACUAAGAAGUAUCCUGUACCUGAGAACUGGAAAUAUAAAGAAUGCCGGGAGCUCUUUAGAAAGCCUGACGUUAUAGAAGACAUGAGUCAGAUCAGUUUGGUUUGGAAAGAACCGGAUAUUGAGGGUGUGGUCGCUUUCCUUUGUAAAGAAAAGAAUUUUAAUGAAGAACGUAUUCGGAGUAGCUUAGCAAGGAUGAAAAAAGGGCGACAGGCUUCACAACAAGGAAGGAUUGAUUCGUUCUUUAGCAAAGUCAGUGUGAAAACAGCGGUGAAGAGGAAGGCAGAGGAUGAAAGCAGUAAAAAAGAUUUGAAAAAGGGGAAGGUUCUUGCAAAAAAACCAAGAUAA